AUGUAAAACAAACCUUGUGAUUGGAUUUGUGGUGAAUGCAGAAACUUAAAUUAUUCAUUUCGAAAAGUUUGUAACAGAUGUUAAUAAUGUACCAGAGAUGCACCUGGAACAAGAUUUAUACCUAAUAAAGUUGAUUAAGGAUUAUAAAUCCUCUAAACUAUCAAACUUUAAGAAUAAGACUUAGGAGGAAGUAAUCAUAGUUCAGUAGAAACAAAUGAUGAUGAAGAUGUUGUUUUUUCAUAAGCUCUAUUUCUCGAGGAUUUAUCCAAAAAAACCGAAAACUUGAAUAAAUCAUUCUCUUUUUUAAAGAAAUGCUCCAUUUGUUAAUGUUAGAAUUAUUUCUAUUAACAAAAAUGUAGUCAAUGUGGGUUCUCUUAAUUUAUAUGA